AUGGAUCUCAAGCUCCCCGUUACGAAUGCUGUCGCAGCGGAGCGAGCAUACGAGAAGAAGCGUCGGGCGUUGCGUCUUGGCGGCUUGCCUCAACUUGUCUUGACUGUCGUACUUCUUGUCGCCGGUGCCAACAUCUUUGGCUCUUCACUCAACUUCGAUUCAACUCCUUCCGUACGCGUUCCUGUGCAUGCGCAAGAGAACUUGGCCAAAUGCAAAGCCCUCGCUGUCAAGCCGGGGCCUCCAGAGGGAUUCGAGUACCGCACGGUCUCGGACAGGUUCGUGCCUGGCACAAAGCCGGUGCUCAUCAGGAACGCUACGAUCUGGACGGGACACAAUGGCGGGAAUGAGAUUGUUCUCGGCGAUCUGCUCCUGGAGAAUGGCAUAAUCAAGGGGAUUGGCAAGAAGAUCGCCUUCGAUACACUGAAGAACGUCGACGUGUAUGAAGCCAAUGGCGCCUGGGUCACUCCGGGCAUUGUCGAUUUGCAUUCCCAUCUCGGCGUGGGUUCCGCGCCUUCAUUGUCGGGAGCGGGUGACACGAACUCGCGCAAAGCUCCCAUCUUGCCCUGGUUGCGAUCUCUCGAUGGUCUAAACACUCAUGAUGACGCGUACUUACUCUCCUUGUCCGGUGGUGUGACAACUGCGUUAGUCUUGCCUGGAUCUGCGAACAGCAUUGGCGGUCAAGCAUUCCCCAUCAAGUUACGCCCGACUGCUCAGAGGACGCCGACAUCUAUGCUGCUCGAGCUCCCUCUUGGUCUCACAAACGGCACUGGAUGGAGGCAGAUGAAGCACGCAUGCGGCGAGAACAUCCGUCGAGUCCACGAUCAGACGCGGAUGGACAAUCUCUGGGGUUUGCGUCAGGCUUACAACCAUGCUCGUCAGAUCAAAGAAAAACAAGACGCGUAUUGUGAAAAGGCAUUCGCCGGAGAAUGGAAUGGUUUGGGCGAAUUUCCUGAAGAUCUGCAGUGGGAAGCCCUGGUGGAUGUCCUGAGGAACAAGGUCAAGGUGCAGAACCAUUGUUACGAGACGGUCGAUCUCGACGAUAUGAUCCGUCUCACGCAAGAGUUCAAAUUCUCGAUUGCCGCCUUCCACCAUGCUCAUGAGACUUACCUUGUACCGGAUCGUCUCAAGGAGGCUUACGGACACCCUCCCGCCAUUGCCAUGUUCGCCACGAAUGCGCGAUACAAAAGGGAGUCAUAUCGCGGGAGCGAGUUCGCCCCGAAGGUCUUGGCCGAAGCGGGUUUGGACGUCGUGAUGAAGUCGGACCAUCCGGUAUUGAACUCUCGGCAUCUACUUUUCGAAGCUCAACAAGCACAUUAUUAUGGCUUACCGGCCAACCUGGCCAUCGCGUCUGUAACCGCGACGCCAGCUAGGAUAAUGGGGUAUGAUCAUCGGGUCGGGUUCCUCAAGGCAGGUCACGAUGCAGACGUCGUUGUAUGGGACUCGCAUCCUCUGGCGCUAGGCGCAACUCCUCGUCAAGUUUGGGUUGAUGGAAUCCCUCAAAUCAAGAAUGCUCACGGACACACGAAGCCACCUGCUUUCCAGAAUGUUCCCAAGACGCCGAAUUUCGACAAGGAAGCCAACCGAACCUUGGAGUAUGACGGUCUCCCUCCUCUGGAUGUCAACAAUGUUACAUCCGGAAGAGUGAUUUUCCGUAAUGUCAAGACACUCUACGGCCAGGACAAUGCCCGUGUCUCUCAGCUCAUGAAUUCCGCUGACGGUCAGACGGGUGUUGCGGUUUUGGAAGACGGGAAAUUAGUUUGCUAUAGUUCUGAAAACGAUUGCAACCAUUUCACGAGCCAGACUGCGACAAUUGUAGAUCUGGAAGGAGGUUCCCUUGCGCCAGGGCUGAUAUCUGUGGGUUCCCAAUUAGGCCUCGAGGAAAUCCGAGGAGAGCCGUCGACUCAGGAUGGCAAUGUCCAUGACCCUUUGAGCGGACCGGUUCCAAAGAUCGUCGGCGGAGACUACGCAGUUAUCAGAGCUGUGGAUGGCCUACAGUUUGCUACCAGAGAUGCCUUGUUGGCUUACCGUUCAGGGGUGACGGCGGCUGUGACGGCCCCUAAGAGCAACGGAUUCUUGAGAGGACUGAGUACCGUCCUUUCAACGCGAGCGGCGCAUGGGCUGGAGGCAGGAGCGAUAAUCCAAGAAGAGGCUGCUCUUCAUAUCGCGAUUGGCCACCGCAACUCAGGACCGAGCAUCAGUACCCAGAUCGCGACGCUUCGAAGGUUGCUGCAUGGUGAAGCCGAUGCAAGUCUUGCGAAGUUAUUCAGCGAGAUAGUGCAGGGCGAUCGCACCCUCGUCAUCGACGUUCAAAAUGCGGAUAUCAUGACGUCGCUUAUUUUACUCAAGCGAGAGGUCGAAGGCAAUACAGGAAAGAGGCUAAAAUUCACGUUUUCUGGCGCUCUGGAAGUCCACCUUCUGGCCAAAGACAUCGGGGAGGCAGACAUCGGUGUUUUGUUGAACCCAGUGCGACCGUUCCCUGGUACAUGGGAGUCGAGGAGGAUACUUCCGGGACCACCUUUGACCAAGCACUCGAGCCUGUCCCUGUUGUUGGAGCACAAUGUGACCGUUGCCCUCGGUGUCACUGAAUCGUGGGAGGCCCGGAACACUCGCCUUAACCUCGCAUGGGCUGCAUUAGAAUCUACCACCGAUUUAUCGAGGUCCGAAGCAUUGGCAUUGGCAACGACCAAUAUCGAAAAAUUGUUGGGUCUGAAGGCGACCUUGGGAGAGUUCGUUAUUACUCGAGGUGGUGAUCUGCUCGACAUGGACAGUCAGGUUGUCGCUGUGGCAUCAGCUCAGCAGAAUGCGGUAUAUUUCGUGUGA